CACCAGGAAGACGUCUCAGGGAUUCUAACCUGACGUCGUUGUAGAGAGUUAUAGUUAAACAAAAGUCCCCCUGUACUCCCAAAUAUCCUUCCCAAACGCCAGUUCAUUUUGAUUAACCAAUCUGAACAGUUUCUUUUAGUCAUCUUCUACUGGAAGUAUUCCUAAGAACAGAAGCAGUGGUGCAACUGGCAAUGGGCAUCACCAAACUGGCGGAUUUGAUCCGCUUAGAUGCUCCCGGUGCUAUUUCUCAUAAGGAUAUCAGUGACUACACGGGAAAGGUAAUCGCACUUGAUACCUCCAUUGUUAUGAACCAGUUCCGUGCAGCGACGCCUUCCCUGAGCCCCCUGACAGGCCUCUUCUUCCGCACGCUCACAUUCCUGGAACAUGACAUAAAGCCAGUCUUUGUGUUUGACGGGAAGCCUCCUGGGGAAAAGACAGCUGCUCUUGAGAAGAGAGCGGAGACCGCUGGUUUGAGUUCCCCCAAUCUCACAGGCACAGCAUCAUCCCAGACCAAAGAUUGUCUCCAGCUCCUGAAGCUUCUGGGAGUACCUGUCAUCCAGGCUCCAGGUGAUGCUGAGGCGAUGUGCGCCUGGCUGGUGAGAGAGGGGACUGUGGACGCUGUGGCAUCAGAGGACAUGGACACACUACCGUUUGGAGCCAAUAUUCUCAUUCGCCAGCUGAAUGCCAAGAAGGACAGUGAUGUCAUUGAAUAUUCUUUACCCAAGCUGUUAGAGAAACUCCAAAUUAGUCACGAGGAGUUUGUUGACCUUUGUAUUUUGUUGGGCUGUGACUACUGUGACAAGAUAGCCGGUUUGGGUCCUAGGAGAGCUCUGACACUCAUCCAGAAGCACCGUACCAUUGAGAAUGUGGUUUUGCAUAUCAACAGAGAGACCCAUCCUGUGCCACAUUUCUGGAAGUUUCAAGAAGCACGGAAGAUAUUCUUGAGUGCACCACCAGCAGUGGCUCCUGAACUCACCUGGACUGAGCCAGAUGAAGAAGCCUUGGUUAGGCUCCUCUGUCACAUCAAACACGUGAGACAGGACAGGGUCCGUCAACGAAUGGAGAAGUUCCGUCGUACGAGGGAAGCUAAGCGGGAGGAGAGGGAAAAGGAGAGGGCAGCAGGACGUAGCAAGCAGACUCGCAUGGAGGACUUCUUUAGAGUUACCAGAAAGAGGGAGCAGACUGUGGAAGCUGCAGACUCUUUAAGCAGCAAAAGAAAGAGACCAAAGUCAAAAUAAGGCCGCCACCAUCUCCCGCUUGCUUCCUCAACCAUCAAAGUUGGAAGUUGUUUUCAACGCCUUUCUGAAUAACUCAAACAAUCA